GAGAGAGAGAGAGCGAGAGAGAGAGAGAGAGAGAGCAAGAGAGAGAGAGAGGUGCAGUUGAGUAGGACUGCCUCUCAGAGCUGUGAGGCAGAAGUGAUGGAUUCAGCCCUCAGACAGUGACAGUCUCCGCCUAACAGGCCACAGGGAGCACACCAGUCUACCUUGGACUCUCAGCGUUCACCAAGAAACUACCUCCUCCACCAGCAAACUCCAGUUAACCCUUUCUUUCCCCAAGUGUUCCAAGUUUCCCACAGGUGGAUUUUCAGGCGACGUGUUCAAUGUUAGCCGAGGAGCCCCCGGCAAGCUGAGCCUCUGCUGUGUCUGAUGAGGGUCUUUUGAUAAGAGGCUUUAAAAGGCAGUUCUACCCCCUCCAUGGCUGGUAUGGACUCUGGAGACAAAGAGUAGCAGACCGGCAGAGCGCGUGGUAGAGGAGGAGGAGGAGGAGGAGGACACUGCACAGCGGCUUUCACACUUGGGAUGACUGCUGGCCAGGGGAAACUUCAAUCAGCUCUUCCAGGAGGGCAAGGCAACUGAAGGAGCCCCGUCAACAGUCUACAAUUACCCUGUUUUAGUGAGUUUGGUACAAACUGAUGGAGCUUCCUUCGGCAGUCCUGCUGGGGCUCCUUGUGGUGUAUGGACUAGUCUGUGGUGUCAGGGGAAAUGGUCAGGAGAAGACCCAGGAGUUUGCCAGCAGUGAGGAUGGCCUGGAGAAGGAGUUCCUGUAUGCAGGGAGGAGCCGACGCGCUCCGCCCGAGCCACCACAGGACAAGUGCUCCUACACUUUCAUUGUGCCCCAACAGAAGGUGACUGGAGCCAUCUGUGUGAACUCCAAGGAGCCCGAGGCCCUGCUGGAGAACCGGGUCAACAAGCAGGAGUUGGAGCUUCUGAAUGUGGAGCUGCAGAAACAGAAGAGGCAGAUUGAGACCCUGCAGCAGCUGGUGGAGGUGGAUGGAGGCAUCGUCAAUGAGGUCAAGUUGUUGAGGAAGGAGAGUCGCAACAUGAACUCUCGAGUCACCCAGCUGUACAUGCAGCUGCUCCAUGAGAUCAUCAGGAAGAGAGACAAUGCCCUAGAGUUAGCUCAAAUGGAGAACAGGAUCUUGAACCAAACUUCUGAGAUGCAGCAGCUCACCAGCCGUUACAAAGACCUGGAGCACAAGUACCAGCACCUGGCUUCGCUGGCUACCAACCAGUCUGCCCUCAUUGCCCUGCUGGAGGAGCAGUGCCAGAGUCGCCCUGCCCCUCGUCCUGUCCCUGUCCCACAGCCCCGGUCACAGCCCCCUCCACCCUCACCACCAUUCAACAAGCCCUACCAGCCCCCGAUCCUUCCAAGGAUCAACAACCAGAUCACCAAUGAAAUCCAGAGCGACCAAAAGUCUCUUCCUACCAUGCCCAGUGGCACACACAGCCCCUCCACAACCAACAAGCCCUCAGGUCCAUGGAAGGAUUGUCUGCAGGCACUGGAGGACGGCCACACCAACAGCGGCAUGUAUCUGGUGAAGCCGGAGAACGCCAAUCGUCUCAUGCAAGUGUGGUGCGACCAGAGACACGACCCAGGUGGCUGGACCGUAAUCCAGAGGAGGCUCGAUGGCUCCGUCAACUUUUUCAGGAACUGGGAGACAUACAAGCAAGGUUUUGGCAAUAUCGAUGGUGAGUACUGGCUGGGUCUGGAGAAUAUCUACUGGCUGACUAACCAAGGAAACUACAAACUGUUGGUCACACUGGAAGACUGGUCUGGUAGGAAGGUGUUUGCAGAGUAUGCCAGCUUCAGACUGGAGUCUGAGGUCGAUUUUUACAAGCUACGGGUUGGACGCUACCACGGAAAUGCUGGAGAUUCGCUAACCUGGCAUAAUGGCAAACAAUUCACAACUUUGGACAGAGACCAUGAUGUGUAUACAGGUAACUGUGCCCAUUAUCAGAAGGGAGGCUGGUGGUACAACUCCUGUGCCCAUUCUAACCUGAACGGCGUUUGGUACAGAGGAGGACACUACCGCAGUCGCUACCAGGAUGGGGUCUAUUGGGCCGAGUUCAGAGGAGGGGCCUAUUCUCUUAAGAAAGUGGUCAUGAUGAUCCGUCCAAACCCCAACACCUUCCACUAGCGACCAAAGAACACUUUUAAUAUUCCAUUCUCAUUUGCUCAAGAACCUUUGUUAGCGGCUCCUAAAAAUCCACACGUCGUAAUGGAGCGGCUGCCAUGCAAAGAUCACAAAAGAGGAAGAUGAUGGUUAAAAAGUGCAAUAUCUAAGCAUCAGCUUGAACUGUUGGUGAACGCUACUGUUGCACCUCCUGACAACUCAGAAAAUGCAUACACUGUCAUUCAGUUAUCCUUACCAUUACUCCCUCGAUAGAUUAAGGAUAGAGGCGUGGCUUUGGCUCAGGAGCUGUGUGCAGUACACUGUCUUUGACCAUAUAACAACAUGUCACUUCGGCUCUGGAUAGCGACAGUGCUUCUAAACCUGUUUACGGCAGAAAAAUAUAUAUAAACUUGAUGUAAAAAAAAAAAAAGAACAAAGUGCAGCAAUUCAGCCGAGUAGUUUUGAAAUAAAAUUUCUACAGUAUAUGGUACUUUUAUGGGAUGUUGUGUACUACAAUGACAUACAAUGAAGAUGACACAGGAAGCAAUAUCCAGUGACUGAUUUUGAUUUCAUUUAAAAUAAAUCCUUCAGGUUUUGUAAUUUAUAGGAACAAUAUAAGCAUUUACUGAACUGUAAGAGAUGUUGAUAUUCUGGUCAGCCUUGUCCAUGACCUGUCAAAAUGCAGCGCAAAAGUACUGUCACGUCGCCUAAUAGGAUAUAAAACCACACACAUUUUUUUUCUGCAGUAAGUUUCUUCCUUUUAAUGACAAUACCUGGCUGUGUGCACAUUGCUCUCUGUUUCUCUGACAUUCAAUAGAGCCGAGAGCGCCGAUCACCUCAUUACAAUCCCUCUUAAAAUAUACUUUCCUCAAAGUCAUGCGUGCAACAGAUUUAUUGAAAUCUUUAAAACUUCAAUUGUUUGAACAAAUAACCAUUUGCUUGUAUGAACCAAGCAUUGUAUUUACUGUAUAAAUGUAGUGGUUUGUUGAUAUCAAUACACCCAACACAUUGUGUCUGUACAUAAAAAGAUAUUUGUAAUAUAAUGUAACAAAAUAUGUCAUGCAUCAAUAUUAAGUUGCAAUAAAAUAUGUACAGCUUGUGUCCUUGCUUUCGGGUAGCUUUCUCUAAAGGCAUAUGGAUGGACGUCAUAGUUUCGCAGUAGGGGGUCCACAGGCGACCAAAAUAACCCGAACCUUUCUGCAAUUUCUUGCAGUUAUGAAGAAAAAAAAAACCACUCUUAACAUUUCAACUUUGUGUUUUGAAAAUUGCACAACGCAUAGUUAUGAAGUUUUCAUUAAGGUUGCUCUUGCGGCACAGCGAGGGCCUGUUUUCUCUGCACUAUAAAAAAUAAUCUGCUGGUUUAACUUAAAAAAAGUAAGGCAACCUAUUACAAGCCCUUUUCUGAGUAAGCUCAACUAGAGUGUGCACGAGAUUACUCAGAAAAGGGCUUGUCAUAAAUAGGUUGCCUUACUUGUUUUAAGGUAAACCGGCAGAUUAUUUUUUA